GUGAGCGUGCGCGUGCCGCUACCAAACAGUCACACUCACACACGAGCCGAGGGACGGGUUUGUCCGGUCAUACACACAACACACACACACACACACACACAGAGACUUGUCAUUCUAUCGCAGUGGGAUCGAGACUGAGAGGAAAUAUUUGGAAAUUAACCGAAGAAGAAGAAGAGGGGGCAGAAGUAGAGGGGGAAAAGGACAACGAAGAAGAAGAAGAAGAAAAAAGGAGGUCGCAGCCAUUGGCGCUUGCCAAGUGAAACUUUGAAAGAUGGAAAAUUCGUCCAGCAACAACCGGUUUCGCUCCACAAUGUUCAACCACGGUGAGAUAUAUGUGACACUCAGUGUAAGCUGCUGUUUUCUCUUUCAGCUGAUGCAUUCGCCGUAAAUUUCAUGUAGACAGAUUUUUCCCUUUGAAUCGUGUUUUUUAUUCAUCACUCGAAGCCGAUAAAACACACAAACGCCUCACUCUCCGUGUGUCGCUUUUGUUCGCACACAUUUGGGUCGAAGGCAGGAGUGCAUUUUUUCGGAAACUGGUGCAGAUAAAUUACACUUUCAUUGAACAGCGGGUACACUUCGUUCCUCUGGACGAAAAUCCCUGAAAAUCCUGCAUCCUGAGCUCCACACGGGACACGGCGGCAGCAGCAGCACACUGUAAUUCUACAGUUAUGCAAGAGUGGUACCAGGACUCACCACACUAAACUAUUUCUGUACCACCAAAAGAUAGAGCUGUUUUUCACUGAUGCUCUGAGGGGCUGCAGCCGGAUCCUAUUCACACAAUGUUGUAUAUUUACUCUGAAACCAGCAGCUCUGGAUCACUUUGUUUUGUCGUGGAGCUUGAGUCAUCAUUGACAAUGAGACAUUUUCAGUGAUAUUUAUGACUGUGGAGACCAAAUCCACCACCAUACCAAACCUACUUGAAAUCACAAGUAUGAAUCGAGUAUAAACCAACAAACUUGGUCUUUCAUUUGUAGUUUUCAUCUUCUGUUGAUUGUCCUGAAUAUUGUUCGCAUGACUAAAUACAUGCCUGCACAUUCCAUGAGACCUUAUAUACAGCCUAUAGUUUAAAGAAACAUGAAUGAUGCUGGGCAUUUCUGAUUCAAAACUAUCAUUAUGUGCUUAGUUUAUCUUAACAAGUAGCCUAUCUUCAAACAUCUUUCAUAUCUUUGUGUAACUUUGUUGUUCGUGUUUUAUCUGAUUUUUGUUCCCAUCUUCCAGGUUAUUGAACUUAGUUUACAUUAGGGGUUGGAAAAGUAAUAUGGCAAGGCAUGAUCCACUGAGGUAUGACACAAAACUGUGUGAUAUAUGACAUAACACAUUACGAUAACUGAUAGGUGGCCCAGGAUAAUAUCAUUAUGGGGAUAACUGAUACAUUGCAAGACAAUAAUGUAGUGAUACACCUUAAGUGGUGGUUAAAUGGUCAACAUAAGUGCUUCCAAAAGAUGCAGUCAGGAUUUAUAUCGUAGGUGCCACCAUGAGGAGUCCUGAAGUAGAGACACAUUGAGUCAAAUCAGUUGGGAAAUCUGAGUAGAACGUCAUGUUAUUGUAUAGAUCCAAAAAUUGAUAUCUUGGUGCCAAUUACAAGUUGUAUCCAGGCCACAGUACUUGUCUUGUCUUGUCUCACCCUGAUGUACAAUGAAUGAACUUCAAGCCAUAGCAACAUAUUACACACAGAAGCUAAUAUCUGCAGUAAUUCAAUAUUAGCUGAUAUAUUGGCCUGGCUCCACGUAAAACCUUCGUGUUGGUCUGUCUGGUGGCGUCAAAGAUGAUGUUUCAUGUUUCCGUUUGUACCAAAUGUCUAUCUCCUUUUUCUUAUCAUGUCUGAAAACACCGUUAGUCUGCGUGCCUAUCUUAUGAGCUCCAGAGAAGAAAAGCAGCAUUUUACUUUCAGUCACAGCAGUCUCAUGAUACACUGGGGGCUGAAGUCACGCUGAAACAUCUGGCUUGCCCUUUGGUGUGUAUGUAUAGGGGUGGUUGUGUUGGAGACAGAGAUAGGAGAGAAAGUAGGAGAGAGCCAACAGGGGUAGUGCUGAAUCAUGUAUUUCUUAAGUGUUUUUGUGUAAAUCAGAUUUGAUCACUGUAUUUGAUUGUAAACAUAACCAAUGGAUAAAAAAGCACUCCAGUGUUAAUCAAUCAGUAGCAGACGGUCCAAAUGCUCUCUUCUACUCACUCACCAGUGCUAUUUGUAGAUAUAUGACUGAAUUACAAGACUACAUCUAAAUACAACUUUAUAUAUACUGCACUGGUUUAACCAGAAACCAUGAAAGUGCCCCUUUGAAGACAAAAAGAAACAGAUCUAUUCAGAGUAGUGCGUGUUUUCUGAGUUAAUUUUUUAUAUUGGCAGCCAUGUUUUGUUAUGAAAGUGAGAAUUUUAAUCGUGGGAUUCAUCUUUAACAUUUCUGCUUAGGUGUUACACAUCGCUGAUCUGAUCAAAUAAUAGUUUUGCAUAUCUGGCAUCUAUGAUCAUUACUACUCACUUUUUCAGCUUUCUUUAAAAUCAUACCCUUUUGUCAUUUAUCAGUCAGGAAGAUGUAAAAAUAUUAUUAAGUGUCAUUCUAAUUUUUUCAUUAAACUCACCUUUUGUGCUGAAUUGACCUGCAAGCUGUAGGUGGAACUUCAAUCCACACCCUGUUUCUUAAAAGCCAAAACUGAUUAAACAAGUCAAUCAACAUAUUUCCUUUUCUUUUUUUCUUCAAAUGAGCAACAGUCUCACGUAUACACAAAGAGUAAAAGGCUCUCGGUAGGAAAAGUGAGUGUGGUGUGGAUGGGUGGCACAGUCAGCAGUUGCUAAAAUUCCUCAGGGAAAGCCUUGUGGAGGGAAGCUAACAUCCUCACUGCCUCCCCUGGCUGUGCUGACAGCACUGCUGGUGCGAGACCUCAACAUGUAGGUCAGGGGAUGAACCACAAGAAAAAUUAACAAGUCAAGCGAGUGGCUAUUAUAGUUCAGCAGAGGAAUUCAACAUUGAUCACAUGAUCUCUGUAAUGAGAUGUUUUAGCUCUAAAUUUGCAGACAUUUCUUUGGCUGUGGUCAGGGAUGUUUUAUUUAUCUGUUCAUUUGUUUGCUUUGUAAACAGUGCACAGGAGUCAUAUUUACAUGUCAUCCUGCUGUGGUCAUUUCAAUCAAAGUGCAUCUGGAGUUAUGCCUGCUGGUGCCAUUGCUGUUUAAAGCAGCUCAUACAUUAUAUAUUGUCCAUAUGCAGGAAGGACUAAAGCACUGCCUGCUUGCUGUUACUUUGCUGCUGCUCCUGAAGUGGAUGUUUAAGAUGGCAGAGGCUUUAAUGACGUUUCAGUCCUCUAUCCUGCCUCCCAGUCUAGUUUGCUGUAUGAGCUCAGAGUCAGCAGUGGUCCUGAGUUUAAAGCAGUGAGUGAAUCAAUAUUUGUAGCUCUGCCAGUUAGUGUCACGGGACAGGUUGCUUGAAGUAAAAAAAAAUGCUUAAGAACUGUAAGAAUCAGUGAACGGCAUGCACUGGGACUAGACUGAUCCAGUGCUGACUCUUGGCUAAUGAUGUGACAGACCAGAGGGUGUUUAUUCUGCAUGGAAACACCAAGAGUGUCAUCCAAAAAUAACAAUUUGUGUCCGAAAGUUUUGCACACCUUACUCUUUGUCUCAAUACAUUCAAAAUUCUGGAAAUGGACUGAUAAAGUAACAAUAGCAUAAACCUGCUCAGCUUUUCAAUAAGAAACUUUGAAGCAGUCAUACUUUGUCAGUUUCUUCAAACUUUGGUUGUGCUGUACAAACUGUUAGUGAUAAUUCACCAUUUUAUUGAGACUUUUUGGAAUCAGCAGCUUUGCAAAAUCAAAAUAAUGGCAGUGUUGUAAGAAACCCAAAUGGAAACCUUGUCUUGAGCUUAAUACAAACCUCUCCUUACCUUAGGGGUCUCAUAACUGGUCCAAAAUAUUCAAAUAAUCACAACUAGUCUGAAAAACACAUGCUGAAGCUAAAAUUUUCAUAUACAUGUGUAACCACUAAAGCCCAAGGCAGAAUAUGUAUGUAACUGGUCUGUGAUGUAGAACCUGUUUCAUUUGACUUGUCUACACAAGCAGUCGGGUCUCAUUCUACUAAGAAAUAAAUGACAUCAGGUAGAUCCUGAAACCGGACAAUCCAGGUGUCCAAGAUAUGACAGAUGUUAUAGAGACCAUUGUACCCAAAACACGCCUCAUCAGAAUAUAGAAAUAAUUUGGGUAGUUGAUGUUCAUCUUAGUUCUCUGUGCUUUCUGAUCGCUAUAUUUUAUCAUGUUGACAAUCUUGUCUUUGUUUUUCUCUUAUGUGUCUCCAACCUACAUCUGAUGUGGAUAACUCCUACCUCUGAUCAAUCCUUGUCCUCUGAACAGAUGAUGAGGUAAGAUGCCAGAGUUUUCCUCCGUCUUGCUGCUGAAGAUGAUCUUUGUCUCUGGUGGAGAUUUUGCUUUAAUCAUUCACCAGAAAGGCAGAUGCUGCUCUGUUUUAAUCCUGAGAGCCUCUGAUAAUCAAGUGAUAUUUUUCAUGUGUGUCAUGUUCAUGUAAAAAGAGUUUAUACAUUGCUUUAAAACAAGUGGAAAAAGCCUAACAUACAUUGAAAUUUUUGUGAAAACUCUAGAAACCAGUGUCUGCUGUUUGGUCAUUAUAGGAAUUAUUUGAUUCUGAAUUUAUAUUAAUGUUGAAAAAUUGUCCUAAUAUGACUGCAUGUGAGAUGAAUCUCUCUUUAUACGAGUGGUGUUAAGCUUAUGUGGCUUCUUUGUGCUCAUGUGCUUUGGGGUUUUACUUGGCACUAAAGAAGAAUAGCUGAGUGAGAUAAAGGUGUGUUCUCAAUGCCCAGAUUUUCUUGUUCCUUGUCUCACCACAAAGUGACAACUGAGAAUCUUUUGUGUGCGUCUGCUUUUGUUUGUGAACCUGCCACUUUUGUCUGAGUUUCACUCUUCAGUGGUUUAUGGUUGUCGGUCUUUCGGCAAAGUCAGCAGCUCGCCUGAGGCGUAUCUUAGCGUCAGACUGAUGGUGCUCAUCUGUUCAGGCCUUUCCAGUAGCCAGCGGUCUGUCACCUCAGUGUCAAAAUGGACCCCCUCCCUCUUCUCAACUCCUCUUCCUCAUGUCACUGUGUACGUCCCGAGCCCUGCAGCUGUGUUUGGUUGAGCUGAGUUUGGAAUAAAAGGGGGGAGGGAGGCGUGUUUGUUUUCAGGCCCAAACAGUUUGCAGACAAGUGGAGAGGAGUGGAUCCAUAUGGGUGUGACAAACUCCGGUUCCUUCCUCAGCAGCAUUCCAAGCCUGUGUGACAAACCUGCAGUGUAUGCGGGCAGAGGCAGCACCUUUUGAGGAGACCAUCAACAUCUGUCGACAGCCCAGAGGCUGCAACUGCUGCAGGCUGGACUGACGACAUUCGCUGGUUACUCUCGUGGUGGUUUGGCACUUCUCUCGCCGGCGGGUAUAUGAUUAAAUAAGCAGAUGUCCAAGUGUGCAUAAAUUUAGUUCCUUCCUUCCAAACCACACCCAUUGUGAGAUCUACAUAAACACAAUUUAUCUUCCCUCUGAACACCACCAUUGAGUCCAGGUUAACAUGUCUGGAGUGCCUGUAAAUCACACAGGGCUCUGGGGUGUGACGACGGAACAGGGUGGCUGUGGCUUCUUUUUGUGAGCCCAAAAAUGCCACAUACCUUCUUCCUCUCUCUUACGCACACAUGAACAGAAAGAAAGACGUCACUGUUCAUGGGCAGUGCCAGCUACGGACAGGGAAGAAGAGGAGAAGAUGUUUUUCUCUCUCUUGACAUUUGUGUCUCCGUGCACCCACACACACUUGCAUAUACGUUCACUAUGGUGCAUUCCUCUGUGGCUUUUACUCAACUAGCCAUUAGCUUCCUGUGCCUUCAAUUGCUUCUUGCCACUGCAGCCAAAGUGCAAGCAGUCUAUACUUGGACUUUAUUAGCCCAUUAGCUUGCUAGCCUCUGCAGUGGAUGCCAGUUUUCCUCUCUUCUCCGUGUGUCAUGUAGUUGCGUCUGUUUUCCUCAUUUGCUGUCAGUGCCAAUGUGUGUGCUCUCACUGCAUUCAUUUGCAAACUGGAAUGGCAAAAUCUAAAGGUGGCACCACACCCAACCAUUCAAUGAUUGACAGUUCAUUGUUAAAGAAACAUACAGAACAUAUUUUAUGAACAAAACAACGCUAGUAAUUAAGCUAGGGAAUGACAAAUCAUGGGUGUGACAUUUAACGUUUGAUGCUGUUGUGCUUACUCAUAAGCUCUCUGACUUCUUACUCAAGAUCUAGUCUUAUUUUAUAAUGUAGACAUUGAGUACUAAUUGUUAACAUAUAUUAAUAUGUUGCGCUGUGAGUGUGUCAUCCAUCAGAUCAUCCCUUUGAAUUCACACCAAGAACAGUAGUGCCACUCUCCUCUGUGAGCUCACUCAUCGGAGAAACCCGACCCAUCAUUGUGAAUAACUCUAUCCUGAGUUAAGUGUGUUAGCUCCAGCCACAUAAAGUGAGAUUUCCUGUGUGAUGAUGAUGAUGAUGGCACAGUGAAGAUACAGAGGCUGUAGCGUCAUUGGGUAUUUUGGCUUGUGGGUUAGGCUGUGACAGGCCGCCCUGUGGGCUUUCUCAGUUUGAUGUGAGGGCAAACAAUCGCACUAGGGACCAGGCACGCAACACUUGACUGAGUAGGAGGCUGUUGUAAGACAACAAUAAAGAGAUGGUGAUAGAUGAGUGCUUUAAGAGGGAUUUGUUUUGAAUAUGGCAUGCUGUCAUGAGUUCACUAUUCUUUUAAAAAGGGGCCAGUUAAUCCACAGGAAGAGAAGCCUCAUUCGAGCACCUUUAACAUAUAAUGACCAUUUAUAAAAGCUUGAAAGAUAUAAUCAUAUGAAGUAUUUCUAACAAAAUGACAUAGUGUGUUUAUUUGUAUGUUUGUUUUGGUUGUUUUGUCUCUUUUCCUUAAGGGUCAGAUAGCUGCAGUUAGUGGUUUGUAUUUUUGUUGACCUCUGUCUUUAAAUGAUGAGAAACAGUUUAUUAAAGAAAAGCAAAAGUGUAAAUAAUGUGUGUAAUAUUUCUUUGAAUGCUGGUUUGUUGUCGUGGCUCAUCUGAACACUUACCCCUACAUAAAAACACCAACACCAACUACAGUCUUACAAAUAUCAACACCAGGUUAUGCAAUGGGUAAGACUAAAAUACUUUGAGCAAAUACUGUUAAAAACACAUGUGCAUUCCUCUACAAAUCUCUUUGGAAUAUCUGAUCCUAGACUGCUGCUGAAUGCCACAUUUUUACAGAAAAAAACCUUUGAAAUGCUUGGCUGAAUUGCCCUAUUUGGUCCUCUUCUGACAUUCUUACUUCCUAUGCUCACCGCUUCCUUCCUGUCCCCGCUGGGCCUGCUCACCAGACCCUCAAACUAAUCGGCUCGUGUCUUCAUCCCUGCAGAUGUCCCACGUCAGCCCAAGCUAGCCUCCCAUUAUCCAGCCUCAGCACUCUGCACAAGAUUUGGUCAGAGGGCGACCUUAGACAUUCCUCUAAAGCCUCAUAGAAGUGGCCCCUGCCAAGCCCCCAAACCCGCUAUAAAUAAUCUCAGCCCAGUUCCCAUGGCCCCCACCGAGGUCUCGGCACUCCGAUAGAAAUGCAUGAAAUGCAACAGUGACACCAAAGAGAGCACAAGUCUAUUCAUCUUCCUCUGUUGAUGAGCUCUCUCCAAGAAGGUGAGGCAGGUGUCAAGGUUAUCAAAGAUACUCAACCUCUGAGAUUGGCUGAAGCGAAGGACUUCAUCAGAUGUUCUCUGUUUGGGACACUUGCAGUAUGAUCUGUGGUAUAGGUCAAAGUUGUGAUGUGAAUGUGUAUCUGACUAUAGGAUUUGUUUUCAGAUCCUAAUUCCCCCGUUCUCAACCGAGACAUUGGACAAAGACAUUUUUCUCAAACACCUUUAAUCAGUCACCUAGUGCUGGUUGGCCCAGAUGAGGCACACACCCCAAGUCCUGAGGCUACGGUACUCCUUUUAAAGUCGCUGGUUCAAUUCAUGACUGUCUGGGAAACAAAACGUGUUUUCUGCCUCUCUUUAUCUGUCCCAUCUAAUAACGGCAAAAAUGUUCCCAAAAUAACCAAAAAACUAACAAACCCCGAAACAUCAUAAAUCAAAGCUAAAAGGAGAGGUUGUGAUGCCGUGAUUGACUACAGACAAAUACAGCAGCUCUCUUUACUUGAUUGGCAGAGUAGGAGAGGAACACUGAGAAAAGUUUGACUUUGACUCAGUAAUGUCAUUUGAUAACAGUGUUCCUGCACGCUCUUUGAGUAUGACAUAAGACUUGCGGUUCCUCCUACAAUCUAGCCAUAUUUGUGAUUCCAUUUCAGGAACAGCUCAAAACUCUUUAGGUUGAAACACAAAAUCUAACCUUUUGUGGAAUAAGAUCAGGCAAACAAAGUGGUUUAUCUACAUUGUCAGAGAAUGACUCGUGUUAAAAACUACUCCAGAGUAGGGCUUUAAGUUUACAUCACAAGUGUGGGUGUUUUUAUUUUUUGGCAUACUCAGAUUCCAUGCCCUCAUUGCACAAUUACAGUAUUUGCAGCAUCUAUUCCCAACCUCCAACCCCUGUGGGACGACUCUCAAAUUCCUCCAGGUUUUCACUCUGUGGUUUGGAGUGCAGUCAUGUCUCAACCGACUGAGAUCAGCAUAUUAAAUGAAUAUUCAGGGAUGUGCUCAGCCUGGGUACGCUCAUGUGUGUCUGUUUUAUGCAGUCGUUCAGCCAUACUUUGGUAUUUGAGGACUGGAGAGCAUAUUAGCACAUGUGUAAUCUUUGGAUAUGUUUGAUGGUUGUUGUUAUUCCUGUAUCUUACAUGUAUGUUUCAAAUGAAGCGAAUAUACAGUUAACAUGCUUUGUACUGUUGAAGGGUGUGGUGUUUCAGGAAAUAUAAUAAGUAUAGUGUAGAGCUGGGCGAUAAAAUGAUAAUGAUAUACAGUACAUCGAAAAUUAAUUUCCCUCAAUAUCAAUAUGAAACAUGGUCAAUACGCUUUUCGAUAGUCGGCAUUCUGCCAUGUGUUGGUAGACUAUACGAGUAGCCAAUGAAAAGAGGGGUUGCUCUGAGUCCACUUUGUGCUGAACCAAUCAUGUGCUGAAUUAGAACCAAGCAGCAAACAACUGCGUAGUAGCAGCUACAUGCGACCACAACACUUUUACACAUGAAGCCGACAGCACUGUCAGAAAUCAGCAGAAAUGCAGGUGAAGGCUUAACAGAUGACAACAACACUGACACAAAAGCGUCGGUGGUUUGGAGGGAUUUGAGUUUUUUGAGGUCGGACAUGAAGCAGAGUAAUGUACACUGCAAAUUAUGUUGAGUACAUGUUCCUGCAAAGUCUGGGAAUACCUCAAAUCUGUUUCACCUUCUGAAGCAGUGCGCAACGCAAAAGGUUAUAAACCUCGUGUGGAGCAAGGAGCCCAUGGCGCCUGUGCAGCCGAAACUGCUGACCAUUCAGUCCACUUUCUCUAGCACAACGCCUCACGACAAAAUGUCAAAGAGACACAAAGACAGAUGCAGUAUCUUAUUGUAUUGCAAAAGACAUGCUACCACCAAGCCCUGUUAAAUUUAAUUCUUUUAGUAUGACAUAUAUUAAUAUCGACUGAUAUGAAAAGAAUAUAUCUUUUUCCCAUAUUGCCCAGCUCAAGUACAGUCAGUGUAUUUUGUUUUUUCCCUGCUGCACUUGACAGUAUUAUACUUGUGAUGCACUGACAGUUUAUCAACCAGACUGUUGGUAGUUAGGAGGGACAGUUAACCUGGGCCAAAAGCCAGUGCCUCUAACAAAGUCAGAGUUUGCAAGCAGUGUGGAGACACAGCUGCACAUCAGAUAGAAUUAUAAAAUUAUAACAGUUAUUAAAAUGUUUAUGUCGCAACUACACAUAAGUGACCGUAAAGCAGAGCAUCUGACAUAACUAUUAUAAUGUUCACUGCAUAUUGAGCCCCCAAGACUGUCAUUUAAUUGUUUUUCAAAUGCUAGCGAAUGCAGUUUUGCAGCAUACCAUCCAACACGUGAUAAUCCACGAGCAGUAAAUGAUCCCUGACAUUCCCUUAAGCCUGUAAGUUAUUUAUAGAGCUCAACAUUUAAAUAUUAGAUGAAUUUGACAUCUUUGGUGUUAGCCAUAGGUGUUGAGCUCUUUGUGUGAGUGUGUGUGUGUGUUGGGGUAUUCCAUCACGUGUGUGUCUGAGUAUGUCAGAGAUGACAGUUCUGCGUGUCCAAACUCAGCAUGGUCCUCAGCUGCAGCACCCUGAAAGAAAACAUUUCCAGAUGCUUCCAUCAUGCUGCAGGACAGCAGGAGGAAAUGCCAAGCAAGCCAAAAGGAAGAGCAGCAGAGAUGGAGGAGAUCUUCUAGAGGACAGGGGAUGUAGUAAAUGAUGGUUCAAGUCCCUGGAGGACAGAAAACCUCUUUCUUGAUUCAGCUUGGUAUGCCUUAUCUCCAGGAUCUGGCCCAAAACAAUUGUGUGGAAAUGUGAAAGACUGUUGAAAGAAGCAGCUCCGUAAAUCCACUGGCAUCCCAUAAAAAAAUAGAAAAAUACUUAAAAUGAAACCAGUUUGAUUGCUUAUCCUAUCGUUUGUUAUCCACACUGUCAACCUGCAGGCGCAGACAGACGAAAAAGAUACACACAUGGAGGUAUCAGAUUUAAACACUUUGGUGUAGGUAAAGUGAGGAAUGUGUUAGCGUGCUGUGACUUGAUGAUAGAUGGAGAUGAGAGAAGGCUGGGAGUUUAAGACAAAACCACAACAUUUAGAGACCGUUACUAUAAUUUAGGAAGUGAUUUAGUAAGGGAGAGAAAAAGGAAACCAGCAUGUGUGAAUCAAUCAGUCAGUUACUUUGGCUUUGGGCGGCCCUUUGAAUCUCCCGUUCCCUUUACAAUCCUGGACCUCAGUGCCAACAUAAGCAGGAGACCCCAACUAUCUGCAGCAGACAGAUAGGCACUGCACAAACACAGACUCACACACAGAGUAGCUGGUUGCCCAGUGUGAGUAAACAGUGUCAGAGAUGUAAUGGGGGGCAGGCAGAGGCCAGGUGCACUUUUAUUGACCAUCGGCACAGUGUGUGACUCUUCCCUCCUCAAUGUAUCACAUUUGACUCUGUGUAUGUGUUUGUGUGCGUGGAUACAUGUGUUUGACCUUAUCCACAUCAGUCAGCUGCCGGCCCUUUGAAAACAGACACUGGAAUAAUCACAGCACUGGCAUGCCACUGUUCAGUAAAUAUUUAUUACUCUUUUAUAGAAAUAGUUUCUUGAGUUCUAUAAAUCUAAAACUAACUUCUCUCUGAUCUGCAGAUUUGUGUUUUUGGAAGAAAGGAGCAUUGAGUAAAUCAAAGAUGCAUGAAUGUCUAAAUAAUACCAGCAAGGCAAUCAGGUGUGAUCUGAUCCCUUCAUAUGAGUGUUAUGGUUUUCUUUUUACCGUAUGUCUUUUGGCUCAAAUAUUGGCUUUUUUGUAAGAGUGUGCUCGACAAACACCAUAUUGCCAGUAUUGAUAAGGAUCACCUCAGGACAUGCUUGGGCACAUGCCUUCAUAUUUACUGGUAUCAUGAUGGUCUGGGACAUAGCAGCUGUGACCUUUAAAAGGGAUACUCUGGUGUAAAAUAAUCAUUACUUAAUCAUUUCCAUGAAGUAAUAAUCAUCAUAUAAAUCAUUUGGCACUGCAGACGCGGUAGUUCUUCUUCCUUCGCAUCUCGGUCUGAUUGCAUUUCCAUGAAGAAAUGAUCAUAAAUGUUCUUCCUUGAGCUGCGUCACCCCCCUGCGGUAAUGGACUCGCCUGAGGUCUCCAUACAAACAAGCGGCUGCUGGAAGAGAGUAGGUGAGUUGUGUUUAGUCUCUUUGCUAAAGAAAUUAGGCAAAGCUUAAAAGAUGUUUGGUGGCUAGUGCUAUGGCUUGAACCCCAUAUGUACUGUUAAUGAAGUUAGGUGCUGUUCUGAGCAUUAUUUGUGGCUAUAGAGUGGCUUUUUGGUUGAGGUUUGUGUGUGGCUCCUGAGACCGCUGUGUUUUGCUAUCGUGGGGUCGUUACUAAAGUUUGUAUAACUAGAGAAGCAAGCAGUUGGCAACAUUCAUCUCUCGAGGGGGUGUCUAACUCGGUGUUAUGGUGUGUUUGACCCUAACUUCAUUUUACGCUGGAAUAUCCCUUUAAUGUCUGAAUGAUACCAGCAAGGCAAUCAGGUGUGAUCUGAUCCCUUCACACAAGUAUUAUGGUUUUCUUUAUACUGUAUGUCUUGUGGCUAAAAAAGGGCUUUUUUGUAAGAGUGUGCUCGACGACCACCAUAAUCCCAGUAUCGAUAAGGCUUAUCACAGGCCAUGCUUAGGCACUUGUCUUCAUAUUUACUGGUAUCAUGAUGCUCUGGAACAUAGCAGCUGUGACUUUAAUGAUUUGUUUAAGUCUUCUGUAGAGGGAAAGGUACUGUGAUACGUAAGUGUUUGGGAUUCAGGAAUACUGAACAGUAGUGCUGCCAGUGUGGGGUUUGGGGUUAGAAGUGUGUCUUUGUGAGAUUUGGGAUCAUACACCACAACAUGUGUGUCUCAUUGAAGGAUCAAAGAGGAGACAUGUGGCUCCUGCCCCCCUCGAUCCCUGUAGAGCCUGCUCCCCCUUCCUCCCAUCACCUCUCUUUCAUGUGCUCCUUUCUAUUUAAACUCCUUUUUUUUUUCUCCUUUUUGUCUUCCGGUGUACAGAGGAGCUCCCUGUUAGUCUUAAAUAGUCCGUCUCACUUACAGGAUUCACUCCCUCUGGUUUUCAGGCUUUCUCUCUUUAACCUCCACAUAAACACACUCGCAUACCUGUGGCAUGUCGACCUCACUAUUAUCCAAGAGCUCAGACCACACCGGCAUCCGUGUCGCUCCACGUGUCUCUUUCCUCACAGCCAAGGAGACCGUCUCUGAAACUAAAACAGAAAUAAGAACUAGGGUUGUAUUUUUGAAAGCACAUUUUAAUGCAAAGAUGUCGCUUCAGAUCUUGAUAUUUUGUAUUAGUUUGACUCUUUUAUGUCAUUACAGCUGCAUUUUUGUGUAUCCAUUUGCUGUAUAGACCCUUUAAUCAGAGACCUAUAAACACUCUUAAUGACUGUUUAUUAGAGAACCGUCUACUGGAAAUAUCACCUUGUUAAAGCUUAAAUUCAAUAUAAGACAGCUAACAAGACUGAUCUCAGUGUUUCUAGUUUAAUCUCAAUAUAAAGUAAAAAGCCAAAUAUGUCUUAUAAUCCUCAAACCUGAUCUUCUAUUUAUAUUUUGUAAUUGAGGGGUACCCCCGUAUAGCUUUACAUUUAUUUUUGUGGCAUUUAAACCAAAAUUGCUAAAAUAUAGAGUAAAACUCCAACUGCCCAGAAACCACAACUCAUUUACUAUUGCACUCUGUGAGGUGGGUUUAAUUUCAGGUGUCCGUGUUAUUUUGUGUGUGUUUUUGUGCAUGUGUGUAUGCACAAAUGACCUUCAAAGGUUAAGAGGACACGGAAACACCACGCAGAGGCCCAUUACUGACUGCUUUAUGGAGCGGGCCUCAGUAUUGAAGCACCACAAACAGCUAAUGACUUCCUUAUUCUAGUGUCUUUUUUUAGACUCUCACCCAUUGAAAGAAAAUAAGAAAAAGCAUCCGGUAGUUGUGGCGGUGUAACAGGUUGUCAUGGGCAACUGUUUUAUGGGAUGAUACUCACCAGCAGUGCCGUUUUUCUUUUUUGUUGCUUUUCAUUGAAAGUUUCUGACAAAGACACUCGGGGAGAGCCUCAGCUUUCACGGCUUUCUAUGAAAUGUCUAAACAAAAAAAUGGUGUCACUAAAACCCUGAAGGAUAUUUUAUUGAAUUCCUGUGGUAAAUAUAGAAACCUGAAGGACACUGACAGCCAGGGCAAAGAGAAAACACAAUUUGUCUUUAGAUAACUUUGACAGAAGAAUAUCUGUUUUGCCUGAGGUGACUGCAGUAAUUUGGACUAAAUUAUACAAGUCAAUGUCCUAUAAAAUAUAGAGCUGUCCAAUGUCAAAGUAAGGAGUCAUCUUGGAAAUGAGCUGUCUGUUCAGCCUUGAACAUGCUCUCGAAUUAGCUCACAUACUGUAAACUUGACCAACAUUUGACUUCCAAGUCAACACUAGAGGUGCACCGAUCCAUUUUUUUCUGAUCCAAUCCGAUACCGAUACCUGGGCUGAGUGUAUCAGCCGAUAUCUGAUACCUACUGUUGAAUGAACUGUAUACCUUGCCCUGUGAGUGAAGGCAUCAGGCUUGACAUUAGCCUUGUUUAAAAAAAAAGGUAGCAAAUUAACACAGAUAUAAAUUUACUUAAUGAUAUUUAUUAACAAAUAACAAAUUGCACAUUAGCAGACAGCAAAAAGAAGUAAGACUUCCAUGUAUGAAAAGAAACAUUAAUUAAAAGGAAAAAAAAAGACUUGAUCGAAACACUGGAUCAGUGUCAUUUAUUAGAUAUCUGAUCCAGUUAAUUUGUCAAUAUUGGAGCUGAUAUCCGAUCAAAAUAUCAGAUCCAUGCAUCCCUAGUCAACACCUCCCUAAUCACUGAGUCUUUGUGUGACCCCGAUUAGCCUUUAACUUUUAGAUUCUUAGAGAAAAGUUGCAUUGACCUCUGUCUCAGUCUGACAUGUUCUUGUCUGCAGGGAUAACAUUAACACUGACAUUUGAUCACUUAAAUAAGCUUGAAUAGGCAGUACAGUACAGUUGACCUUGAAUGGUCUCCUUCAUAGAGAAAGAUGCCAGGGAAGAAAUGGAAACCAAAUCGGCUUCUUGCGAACAAAAUACUUAGGAAAACUGGGAUGUGAGUAUACUUUGGCGUUUGAACGGCUUUUAAAAAUAACGUUGGUAUUUAAUCACUGGAGGUCCUUUAAAUUUGUGGGGUUUAGGGCAGACUUUUUAAGGAUUUAUGAACUAAAAGUGCUUGGAAAAAUAUUAUGCUAGUGUGUUUAUCCCAACAUGCUUCUUUUUACAGUGUAGUUCAUCACUUGAAAGAGUUUAUUGCCCUUUUGGGCCCCUGUAGUCUCCCACCACAGCUCAGGCCCCAGGAGAGUAAAUAAACGCCCUUGGUGUCCUUGCCAUUGGACUCCACCUGUUGACAACGGCCACAGAAGACAGCCAGUCACCUUCCAGAGCCGCCUGUUUGUGUUAUUUAUGUUUUUGGGGAAUGUAACACAUUUUAAGAGCACCCUGAGGGUGGAGGAAUGUGUUAAACGUUUUGAUGAUGUGAUGGAUCAAAUUACAAAACACGCAGUGAGCACAUGUUGAAGAAAUUGGAGAAUGUGUACUUAUAAACAGGAGAGGAGGCAUAGAGGUUCUCACAAACCAUGUGCUGACACAAGAAACCCUUGGUGUAGUUUUAUUUCCUUCACAUUUUUGUUGAACAAGUGGGAGAAACUUGACAGCAAACUCUUACAAUGCAGAUAUCUAAAAUGGCACUUUGUGGUCUUACCCACUUAGCCCUUUUGGUUGUGACAUUGUUUUCUCAGGGAACUUGCAGAGCAAGCGGGCCGGGAUAGAGACAUCUUGGUAUUGCAUAUCUCAAGACAAUGUGUGCCGGCCCCCUGGGGCUGUCAGGAAACCUAACCCCACAAAAACAUAUCAAUUCCUGUGUGACACUUGAGCAGUAAAUUUAUGCCUCCAUAAAACACACAGUCAAAGUUAAAAGUGUUUUGGAAGUUUGGUGAGUCUUAAGAGCAUCUGUCAGAAGUUUUUAAAUCUCUCUGGAUGAAGAAAAGUUUUUGAACGGUUUACAACUAGCUCUUGUUAGUGUUGGAUCUGAAAAAUACCAAUAAUCUCUAAAUAUCUUAAUAUGAAGAGUAAAGUUUUCCUACUCUGAACGGGCAGUCUGAGCCGAGUCUUUCUCGGAGUGCUGCCCAGUUUCCCUGGAAGUCAUGCCAAUGGGGUGCCCCCUUUCUCUGCAGUUUAAGAAUAAAACGAAAAUACUGAAGGCUUGUGCAGCCAGUCUGGUUAAAGAGACACAGGUUUAAAUGUAUGAAGUUGCUCUUAAUGUGUUUGACUGGUCUUGAGGAGCAGUUUAGCUGCGUCAGUCUGUUCUUGUGAGAAUGGUCAAUAUGAAUGACUUUUACAUGGCAAUGCAGGAACGUUGUUUUUCUUUCUAAUCAACAGCUUGGUCCAUCCAGAGCCAGACUGCUGGGAGGCCUGGCUAGCAAGCUCUGGCUGCUGACUUAGGGAGUCUUGCGCUCGCUGGUGUCUGGGCUAUUAAUAGAGCUAGCCUGAGAAUCCAGACUAAGGUCAGCAAUCAGAUUCCUGCUUCCAACUAGUGGAAGGGAACAAGAAGGAAAUGUCCCUGCCUGAAAUUAUGCAUUUUUUACAUUUCUAUUCAUGUAUGUUAAGUUUCACUGAUGUUUGCAUGAUGAGGUAAUGGCACCCACUUCUAAAAGUGCCUACUGCUUUAUUUCCUGCUUUCUUUCGCCCGUAAGAUUCACUUUUUAAGUUCUUUACCCAUGGGAUGUGUCUACGUGUCUCAGCAACACCAUGACUCUUUUUCUAUGCACUGGAGCUAUGGUAGAUAAGAGGCUUCAUAAAUAGUGGACAUUUCAGAUAAGAAAAAAUGCUCUCUUUAUUUACUUCAACAUAUAUCAUAGCUAUAAGUACACAUAUAAAGACCUGAGAGGAUAUAAUGCAGAAAAAAAUUGCCAGAAGACAUGAUAUCAUCACAUAGUUUGUCUAGCAGAGCACACUCCUCCCUACUGUUUACUAUCUGCACUUGAUACACUGAGGCUGAGACACUCCAGAGUGUUUAUAAAACAGAUUUUGAUGGUUUACAAAUCAUUUUAACUGUGUGAUGAUAAAUAUGCAGAGAUAACAUCACAUGUUUAAACUAAAAAUUUGUCACCCUGAACAUUUUGAAGCUGCACAGUGACAUAUACACAUUAAACUGUAACACACCAAAUGUGCUGCUGAAACCUUUCUAUCAGAAGCAGCACAAACUUUUGAAGCACUUUGAGCUCCUUGGUGAUCCAGAACCCUGACCCUGAUUCUGCGGGCUUUCUUCUUCUUUGAAUUGGAGAUGCUCUGAUGCUCUGACCCUGUCAUCUAGCUAUCGCAGUUUGAUCCUUGUAACAUCAUAUCCUUCAACAUUUGAUCUGCUGUCUGUGCACUAUAUUGAAUUAAAUGUAAGGUUUAAACCAUUUGCAAACAAAGUUCUUAAUUUACAGUUUGCACAGCAUCUUACCUUUUUGGAAAUUUGAGUCGUUUAUAAAUGUUAAACAUAAAAAAUAGCCCUUUAAGUACUUUUUGCAUAGCUUUAAUGGGGCAAAAUUGGUGCAGAUUUAGUGCACUGGAUGAUGGACGAGGCCUAAAUCCAUUCAACCCUAAAUAUUCCCUGUAUCGGUCUCUAUAUAGUCAGUGAAUUUUUCCCUGCUAAGAUCGGUAUGAUGAUAGUCUUAUAAAAAUUGCACGUGACUGUAACAUUGGUGUUUAGGAAACCUUCCAUAUAUUUCCUCUGUAAACUAGCCGUGGCUCCAUUUAUGCUGCAGAUGUGGCUGACUGGAUUAUUGUUAUUAGCACAGCACAGCUGCUGGCUAGACGAUGGCAGCUUUGUCAGCAAUCUGUCCACUAACACAGAUAGAUAAAUAGACAAAUGAGGGUCAGGAAAUAUAAACACACAGUCUCUCUCUCUCUCUCUCUCUCUCUCUCUCUCUCUCUCUCUCUCUCUCUCUCUCACACACACACACACACACACACACACACACACACACACACACACACACACACACACACACACACACACACACAGUCAACACGCACGCACACACACACACACAAACAUCUGGAAUUAACAGCUUAACGUCAAGCUGCACGAGCGCAGCCAUCUCACACUAAUUUGAGCACAUAUCAACGCAUGACCUCUUAUUCAUCAGCCACAGAUGGUCAGAACAAGCCCAAAACAGCCCCCACCAGAUUAAUGUCAAUGACUGUCCACACAGUCUGGACAUAAUGACCCACACAGAUUACAAUCCACCAAAAAUCCACCCAGCUGACAGGUCAGAUGGUGCUCAAGAGCCAGUUUGACGACAAUUAACCUUUAACAUGAGUCUCAGUCUGAUGUAGCUGCUGUGUAGUUUUUUUGUAUGACUGUAUAUGAGACACAAAACUGUUGUCUUUGUUACUGACUGUUUGCUCUGGUGACUUAAAUCUGCUAUUUCUGGAUUUAUGGAGAUUAUACUCUGGACAUCUGGUGGAAUGACUUUUUGAGUGUGCCUCUGCAACAGAUGCAGCAACAAAGUGCUCUCUGAAGCGCCCAGGGCCUUUUGCUCAGUAAAGUUAACCCAUCGUUAAGGUUAUCAUAACCAUGCACAUCUUUUUAUAACUUAGCAGAGUAGAAUGAAAAGCAGGAAUGUGAACUGGAGGAUUUCCUUAUUUGCAAGCUGAGUUUUUUUUUUCUUUUGGAGUCAUGCUGCAAAAUGAUGAAAGUGAGCAAAAAAAAAAAGAAAUAUCUCUUUUGAAGAUUGUUGAGAUGCUAUUUGAAUUUUGAUCCCUGUGAUUUAAUCCACACUUUGCUCAGAGCCUUUCUCUCCUUCUUGCUAUCUUCUUGUCACUGUUGUUGAUUCCUCCGGACAUGCCCUUCACCCACAUCCUUCUCUCCUCAUUACUGUCAAGAUGUGCAGCGGUGGCUCAGUCCCAACUGCUCCUAGCAUUCAUGGAGACCCCAAAGGCUGUGAAGCAGUGCAGUUCAUCACUGGAUCAGCUUCAGGGUGUCUGACUACAGCUCCCUUGUAGAAGCUUCACAGCCUCAGUCGGGUAGGGAAUAUGUGCCUCCUGUAGAAGCUUUUUUGCCAUUUAACAUUGUCUUCAUGCCAGUUCUCUUUCGUGAGCCAGGUUAAAACUUUUUAUCUCAAAACUCUGCGGCCAGAAUUGGACUGUUUGAUUUUCUUGGCUCUCAAAUAAAAGUGGAACAUGAUUAAAAGAAAAAGAGAAAAUAAGAGGAAACUGCAGAGCUACAGAAUGAUUCAACCCAGCCUGUAUUAAAAUUUUAUCAAAUUUUCAAUGUUACCAUAAAAAGAAAUUUAUGUAACACAAAAAUCCUAAUCUCAAUAGUUAAUUACACACCCUCUUUGUUUGUCGUUUCACACUUUGGGGUCUCCAGUCUUUAUCACACUGAGUACUCGCUCUGCUUAACUGCUCACAAUAUCCUAAUAAUGGUGCAAUGACCCACUUUAAACCUCCUGUGAGGAGUUUAAACAAGUUAUGAAACAAUUUAACACCAACGCCCCCAUAUGACCCACAAAAAGAAACUAGAACAUCGAUAAUAGGUGACUUUAUCUGGAGAUUUAUUUAUAAUGCCUAUCAGCUGAUCUGAUCCUGACAGUGGUAAAGCAAGCAGAGAAAAAACAUUGACUAUUUUUUCAGUGAGUUAUACACCACUCAGAUAAAUCAAACAGCAGUGGAUUCAUCUUGAAGAUAAAGUUCAUGCACAAGACAGGAUUAGGGAGUGGAUAAGACAUGUCACUCUGUUCAUAAGACUCAUAAAAUCAAGUCAAAAGGAAAGUUUGACUCAGGAAGUUGUUCCUGUUAGGAUGAGGAUGACGUCAACAUGGUUUUCUGCCUUUUCUACUGAAGCACUGCCACGAGCGAGGGAGCCUGCCCUUGAUAUAGCAUUGCCAUCACAUUGGUGUAGUGCUGUAAUUCGGCUAAAAAAGACAAAUACACUUGGCAUUGUCCACUGAAAACUGAGUUCAUUAAACCACCUUCAGGAUCUGUCAAGGGCCAAAUAGAAAAAUAGGACUGAGGCUACCACCACAAAGUUGAAUAUGCAGGAAAACUGAUCCGCUCAUCAUAAGACAGCAUUUCAUCUCAACAAUACCUUUAUGCUUUAGUAUAGUAUAGUAGUAAGUUGGGUAUCAAAUGCUAACUUUGUCACAGAAACAUCAAAGCUGUCAAAACAAAAUCUAGCCGCUGCUCUGUUGAUAUGUUGAUAUGUGAGAGAGGAUCAGGCUCUGUUAGGCCUCCAUAAAUAUUAUCAAUCCCACUGAAUGUACCCAAACACUCUCUAACCAGGGCUGGACUUACCCAAACAAACCAGAGGUGAUCAUCCUCUUUGAGGUUUUUAAACUGGAAUGAUUCAGCUUAACUUGUGUUCCAGGUGUUUUUCACAUGUCUGGUGUAGUUGUAAGAUUAAGUUAAGAUAAACAACACCUAGAAAAUAUUGUUAAUGCUAGAUCCAGCCAUAAAGCGUAUGGUCAUAGUUUUAAAAAAUGUUCUCUUAAACAGUUGAACAAUAAUAAAAAAAAUUCAGACAAUUAUUCAGUCAUUUUAUAUCAAAAUGAUAAAACACUAAGAUUGUUUUUAGGUGUUUUAGAAGUUCUGUCUUCUCCGUAGUUUUUCCUGCUUUGAUAUAAGAGUUUUAUGAAUUAAGCCCCCCUCCCUUCGCCUCUCCUGCAGCAGCAGCAGGAGCAGCAGCCAGUCAUUCCUCAGGAUGCAGCGUGUGUGACUGUGCAGCAUCCCGUUAUUAAUGUCUGCCUGUAAGUCUCUGUAGCUCUGCUGGAGCUGGAGGUGCAGAAGGUUUGCCCUGCACAGACCUAAAGCAGCUCAUGGUUGUUCGCCAGCCUCCCGUGGGCCGUGUAUGUGUGUGUGUUUGUCUUGUUGGCCAUCUGCAGAAUGGUAAGUGUGUCAUCUGACUUGUGAUGAGAAGGGAGAUAAACUCGGCUAGAAAGCACAGGCUUUUUACCUCACCUGGUUUGUAAUGUGAAGAGGCAGCAAUGUUUUUAUCAGCCUGCCUUCUGUUUUGACAGUAAUACCAAUCGUCUGACUUAAUUUUAUCUUCUGUCGGUAACCCAACAGGAAAACUGUGCUUCUAAUAAUGUGCUAAUGACUGUCUGGACUCCUUCUGUCACCCAUGCAUGCGCCAGAUUGAUGUUACUUGGUGGCAGUGAUGCUAAGACCAAUGCAGAUUUGUUCUUUUUCAUUUGUAGGGUAUUGCUCCUGGCAGACAGAUGUUCCUAUAGUUUCCCCCAGCUGUACACUAUGUGCCACAGAAGAAUAGGUUUCAUGCUGGUUGGAUUAGUUAGCACAAUGUAUGUUUCACCUACAUGUGUUUAAGUCACUACUAGCAUCACAGAUAAAUCAGUUGAGGAGGUGUCCCAUAUGUGUGGGGGUACUCGUGCCCAAGUUUCCGAGCUCUUGAAUGUGUGUUAGGUUUUAUGUGGCUCCUGGUGUCGUUGGGCAUUAAGAUUAAAGAAGCAGAUUACAUCCGGGAGGAGGAAAACAGACGGAAAGAAGAGGAGGAAAGGGGGCAAUUAUGGAGCCACGACUGGUCAGGCACCACCCCAGAAGUCACCAAAGCCAUCUGUUGAGGGUACAAGUCAGUGAUCAAUGCAUAGCUCUUAAUCUGCUUAGAAAAUUGACAGGAAUUGUUUACUUUAUGGUUAUUUUAGGUUUCUGAUUAACCACGUAACUGAUGUAACUAAGAGACAAGGAAAUUAGCUUUAUUUGGCUCAUGAACCCCAGCCGCUACGUAAUUGUUCUAAAUUUAUAUCCAAACAGUCCCAAAAUCCCUUAACUCCAGUGUGCAAAGAUGUUUUGAACUGAAUAUUAUCCUAACAGCUUCAUAAUCCUAAACACACUGAGAUUCCUCUUUCAGUUUCUGUUGUAUCAAUCACAGACUUUUGUCAGUGAAUUAAUAUAAUAAUGAUACAAAUGAGUAAAACAGCUUUCAGUAAAGAGAUGACUUGGAAGGUCAGGAAAAAGAAGUCAAUACAGAUUAGUUCUUACACCUCAAAUAUCUGGACUUGAACCAUCAUAAUCAUCUUGAAUACAGGAAAAAGUAUUUUUUUAUUUAUCUCCUUAAUCGCCUUUAAACUUUCUUUUUAGGACUCCAAAUACCAAAAAUUACUCAUCUGUUAGUUCUGCAGAGUUUUGCUUUAUUUGGAGAGGAGUGUGACUCUUUCUGCACCUUUAUAUGAAAUCCAGCGUUUGCAAAGAUUUAACUUUGUUCUCACUUUCCAUAACACUUUAACUGUUCAGUGUGUGUGAGAAGAGCAAUUGUUAGAGGCUGUGCUGAUUGUGAACAUCUACAUAAAUCAUCUGUGCUCAGGCCUGUUGAGUUUUCUGGUGGUAUGUCCAUGUUACAUUGUGCUGUGUGCUCUAAAAUACUGAAGUGUUUUUCAACACUGGCUUUAUGGUUUGAUGCCUGAUUUUCAGCAAUAUGAUACCACAUCUUAUGUCAAUAUAUUACAGGAGAAUUUUUAGCAUCAGAGGCAAAAUCUGCAACACAGUGUAACCCUUCCUCCUCCUAUAUUUUUAGACUCGGUCCCAGGAUACAAUCUGAGUUUUUACAGAUGUCGGGGAUUUUUCUGUGAAAGGACGUUAUGAAAUGAAAAUAUGUUCAGUGCUAUGUGAUUUGCUGACCAGCACAGCUGGGAAUAAGCAAAUCCUGUGUCCCUUGAGGGCAGAAUAUAUUUUAUGAGAGUAUUGACCUGACAUAUGUUUGUCCAGUUGCCCUCAGAGAUGCACACCCCUAUAGCGUGCAAAUGUUCAAAUGUUCUUUUAACUUUUGUAGUCACUGUUGGAGCUUACAAUCUAGUCCAAGAUUACUGGUCCUUAAAUUUUUAAGAUUUACUUUAUAUCUUAUUCUAUAUAUUUGUGUUUCCCUCUCAUUCUUUUGCAUGUGUGUGUCAUUGCUGAUUAUUACGACAAGUUGACUUAAAAGAAAUUGGUAUACUAAAACAUCUGUGUGCUAUUAUGGUGAUUUUCCCCAAUUUAUACCAGUGCUAGAAGUAAUGCCAAUUGACAGGCCAUCAUUUUACAUGUUUGCCGUUGUAACAUGUAUGAAAUUAAUCCCUUACCAUCAGAUUUUAGUUCACUGAGCUGUCAUCACUGACUCACUGAACCACAAGCCCUUAAAUGCAUGAGGCCACAUAACACCAUCCCUUUUUCCCUCUAAAGCUUUGACCGUUAACUUAAUCAUGUCAAAUUAUUAUCUUAUGACCAGAAAAAACACCAUCAUCACUGUUUUUUAGUCAAAGGGCAGCAAGAUAAACCAACUAGUGACGAUGACAUCCAUUUCACUCAGCAAAAAAAAAAAAAUAGAGCAGUCAAACAACUGUAGAUAUGUUCAUUAUAUAACCCUGCUCUGUUAUAAAUGGUUUGAUGUCAGUGAAAAAAAAGACUGCAUCAGGUGGUAGUUCUAGUUGCAAUAAUAAAAAGCGCUUAUUAAGAUGAUGGGAAUCACUUUAUAGUGCAACAGCUGUUGGUUGCACAUUGCUCUCAGAUUACUGUAACAGCAGUCUGUCAGUAAAAGCACAUGUUUGCAUUUAAAGUCAUACAGCAAAACUGCAGGAGGCUCAGAUCAAAUUAGCCAGAAACGGGCUGAUAGUGUUAAUGCGGUUGUAAAACUGCAAUCAUUAAACUUUACAGAUUAUCUGCAGGGCAUGUGUUCUGCCUGUAGUGCAAACUUUUUUAUACAUCUCACACAUGAUGCAAUGAACCUCCAACAUCGCCUGCCCGGGGGUCUCCAGACUACUGGUUCUUUAACUACUGUUGCAAAAGUAAUGAGUCUGAGAAUAGUGUAGCUAUGUUGCAUUUGUUUUCAAGUCGACUGGUACCUUUGGCAAGACAGGAAACCAAAUCCAGACACUGAUGUAAUUUCUCUUAUUGAAUCUGUUUAAAUACAAUGUCAACACUGUUUCAGCAGAUCUGUGGCUCCGACUCCAGACUUCACCCUCUUCAGUAGCAUUGUGAUAAGGCCCAGCAGGAGCCAAAAAUCACACAAGGUGGUUUUGUGUUCUUGUAACGCGGUAUUUAGAUGGGCUGGAAUUCAGUGUUACUGAAGGGAGGCAACACAACAACCCACUGACUUCCUUUCAGCGGGGCAAGCAGAGGUCGCCACCCUGCAGAUGUUGGCUCUGCUCUCUUGUUUUGUCUGCCUUCGCCAUUUGACUCACAGGUGUGGGUUUCUCUCUCCGCUCUGUUUGGGUGAAACCACACCAAUCUUAAUAAAUAUUAAUAGAGCCUUUCUAGCCUGUAGCCAAGUCAUACACAUGCUUGAGUAUAAUGCCUGAGAAACCGUAGUGGAAGUGCAAUUUAAUGAGUUUUGGUGAAACACCACCCUUUGUUGCAGCUUCUGAAGUGUAAUUUCAGCAUUCUCUAUAUGCAUGUGUGUGAUUUAGAUAAGCUUUAAAUCUACUUGAUAUUUUUAACACUCCCUUCUUUAUAUAGCCGAGCUUUGUUAUAUUGUCCACGCUGCUGCUAAUGAAGCAGUUCAGACUUCUUAAACCAUCAGAAGAUUACAGUCAAACACACCAGAAGUAAGAGUAUAGUUAAUGUGGCAGUAAUUGUUUAAUUCUUGGUAUUUUCCCUCUGAUUCUUUGUACAUUUGUUCUGCGGAUCGCUUUAAAGGAAUGAGUAAAUUGGUCCAUUGUGGCAGAGAUGAAAGUCAGUGAUAUGAGACAGGUUUUAGGCCAGCUGGAAGUCACACUGUGUGAGUCAGUGGACAAGCUGGCCAGAUAAGCCACAGGUGAAUGUGAGUAAAUGCAUUUGCCACCCAUGAACAUGCUGUAGAUAGUCGCUGCUUUGCCCCUUAGAUAUCUGAGGGUUGUAAUAUACGGUGUGAUUAAAAUGAACAAAGGAAUUCCUUGAUUUUAAUCUGGAAAAGCCUCUCGCUUUCUUCAACUCGUCCAACGGAAACCUCCCCUUCCUCACCAGAUCCACAUGAGCCUUUGUUGCACCCUGCCACCUUUAAAAAGAGGAAAAAACAAAUUGAGUAAAGCUUUAGCCGCCUUCCAACAGGAAUUUCUCUGUGUCAGAUAAAGGGUCUUAAUUGAAUGGAGGAGGAAGCGUAGGAAGUGUAAGUUCAGCAUAUCUAGAGUCUCCUCGGUCUUUGCUAUUGUGGAACAAUAUUUAUGUUCCUGCAAAGGUGGUGGAUAUCUGCUUCACAGGGCGUCAGAGUCCACUGCAUGUUAUUCUUUGUACAGUUAAGAUGUUUCAAACAGCUCAGGAGAAAAUGUGUAUCAAAUUCCUAUUUUCUGCAUAUUUCCUGUCUGCAUCAAACUACACUGGUUUAUAUUCUCUCCUGGAUUUUCCUCUUAAGUGUCUGUGUGCACUAAAAGGCCCCGCUGAGGACAAAGUCACAUGACUGUGUGUGCUGCAGCUGAAUGUUUGUGGUCAGAGCAGGUUUGCACAGUAUAGUACAGUGUUACACAUGGGAAAAUAAGUCCAGGAUUUCAUUUGAAGACUAGAGAGGAGCUUUAUUCACUGCAUUUGAAGCUUCAGACCCAAGUAUUUGAAACUUAAAAAACUUUAAACCUGAAAAAACUCAUGAAGCUGAGUGAUUAACUCCAAAAGCAAGAAGGCCACAGAGGAAAAACACUGAGGGAUUGUGGAUGAUGAAAAUAAACUAGUAAGCUAUUCAUCCACCUUUCCUUUUCUUCUCUAAAGUGACACAUGAGUUAAAAAUGUUAUGUCAUUUAUUGCUUGUUGUGGUUGGCAGAGUAAUUAUGGUGAAUUUCCAUAAAGUGAUGGAUGAAAAUAUUGGCACCACUGGAAAUUUUCCAGAAAAUGCGCCUUAUGUUUGGGCAUUGUCCCUCUGAAAGACAGAUAUCAAAUCUCUUUUAAAAAUGGAAAAACUAAAGAAAGCAGUAUUGUUUACAACAGGGUAGCUCCUGCUUCUUGGUGGCUGGCGUUAUGGUGCGCACCUCACCUUACAAUGAAAUGUACAUAUUGUUUGCAUGCACCAUGACAGCUCAACAAAGUUCUGACAUGCAGACUGCAGAGGAGCUAGGGACAGACAUUAUAUAUUUUUUCUUUUUAGUAUUGUGGUCCAAACAUUUACCUGCCACAUGGCACAGACAUAGCUGUCUACCUGGAAAAUCCACCUGCAUUCAUCAUGUAGCGGCUGGAAAUUUCCAACCUCAUAUAAACUUUGCUUUUCUGCUACUAAAAGUCACAACAUCCGUAUGCUUUAUGUUUAGACGUGCAAGCCGCAUGAAAAACACUCUGCUUAGUCAUGUACAAUAAAGCCGAGUUGUUUCCAAUCAUGAGCAGCAGGUGGCACUGCCCCCCUCAGCUGUCUGCUCCCAUGAGAGGACAGUUCAAACCAUCAUCUUCUGCAGUGAGUUCAGAUUCAUUUUGAUAAAGUCACAACUAAAACAAAUGAACACGGUUCAAUUUGGCUUCCCUCUAACUUGUGAGUCUGACUCUGCUGUGCAUCUGGGGGAUCAUUUCAUCAUUGCUGGCCCUGAAUACCUCACAGAGUAAACCGGGAUUGUGAGAUAUUUUAAUUACCAGCUCUGUAUUGUCAUGUCUGACUCUUGUGUGUGUGGAGACCAACUUCUACAUUAACACAGAGACAUAAUUGAGUGAAAUUGUAUAUCUAAAGGCAUCAAUCCCUCAGGCACUGUCAGCCCUUUCAAACAGUCCAUGAUAAUCACCCCUGCGAUGAGGGCCAGCCACAGAGGAUUAAAGCAGACCUGAAGCCAUCCACCCAGACACCGCCAUUCCUCACAGGAAGUAAAGUCCCCCGGUUUGAUAGUCUGCGUCAUUCUGCCGUCAUGUGUCACAUUAAGAGGGGAUUUACUGAGAUUUGCCUACCGUGUGGUUUGAUAGACUGGCAUGUCUGUCGUCUCGAUACUAUUUGUGUUACUUAACUGCUUAUGGUAGUCAUUAUUGUUGUAUAAGUUGGCACACUUUCCCGUUGGAGCUAUUAAGAUUGGGAUCAUGUUGCGUUCAGUUCUUCCUCCCACAGGCAGAAAAUGAAUUCUCAGCUGAAUUCUCUGCCUCCGUUGGUCCUUUCCACCUCUUUCUCAUUUUAAACUAAAACACACUGAAGAUUAGAUACCGGCUCAGAAACAAGCUCAGCUUUUUAAACUAGACAUCUGUCUCUGUGGUUGAGACGGUGUCUGGCCAUAAAUGACUGCGACUGUCACAGUCUGAAAGUCAUGCUUGUAGAUAGCUUACAUUCAUCGAGUCCAUUCACUCCUAGACAAAGCAAAAAAACGUAAUCACAAAAUCCUAAUUCCUUCAGAGUGAGUGAGUAUUAUGAGACCUCUAAGGCACUGAGAUCCAUCGAGAUUAAGUAAAAGCUUUGUGCUGUGGCCCAAUUAAUUGUUCUUGUGUGUGUGUGAGAAAGAGAGAGAGGAUGGAGAAAGUGUGUGUUAGAUAAAAAGAUUAUUUGUAGCAUGUAGGCCACAAAUCACCUCUCCUCCCCGCCAUGAACACAGUCUCACAUAUGCACACACACACACACACAGACAAACACAGUCCUCUUGUGCAGCUCUGGCCCUGGUACCACCAGCUGGGAGGUCUGAGUUGGAUGUGACAGCCUUUGUAAAAGUUAUUUGCAUACUGUUGUUGUGCUUGUUUGAUGCAUUGAUUACAUCUUCUGAUCUGUUUUAGACACUCAAACACUUUUUUUAUGCAACAAUGUCGUAACUUCGGCUUUAAGAAUGAGACGGUGGAAGUUUACUGGCAGACAACAGGUCACACGUCACUGCGCUCCAUUCAGAGCAUCACCUCUUCUCCUGAAGUCGAGACACAGCUCUGCGGACAUUUGAGCUGCUCCCUAAUCUGCAUACCGGCAGCACACUGGCCACAACAAGAGCAGGGCGGAGCUAUUGAAAUGCACCACAUGUAGAGUGACCGAGAUCGAAGGUGUAUCUGUUAACAAAAUAAGACGCUUCCAGGCUGAGUUUUGGGGGGGGGCUGGAAAAAAGAAACCUGGAUGCCAUCUGAUUGGUGAGGCAGGGAAAAUAGGUGCUCUUACAUAAUGUGGGUUGCCCUGAAACCAAAGAAGUGACAGCCUCUCUCUGAGGAGCUUUCCAAGGCCCCUCUUACUGGUUUCUCUAAUCUCUGCCUCUGAUUUGAAAGGAAUACUGGUGGAUCUGAAGUGGGAUAAUAUGGCAGCUAAUUCAGAAACAAACAGUGAAGCAGAGGUAUGUGCUCAUUGCUUGCUGACCCUGCAAUUAACUGUAACUCUGUAUAUAAUUUUCUGUCAUUUUUCUAACUCUGUUGUUAGUGGCUGCAGGUUUUCUCCUUUGCAGACUCAUGAAUCAGGGUAUGGAUUAUCCUCACACACUACAAGACUGUUCACAUGGAUGCAUGUGACCGGGCUUUGUGCUGAAAUAUGAACUUAUGAUUUUCUGCGAAGCUGCUGAGAGGUCAUCCUGAUCGCUGUAGUGGAUGUUGUAGUGUUUCCCAGCUGCCAAGUUGUCUGACGUUAAAAUGCACACGUAUUGAUCAGGUGUGACAGCUUAAUGCACUGGAGUUGUAGCGUCUGAUGUUGCUGAUAGUCCACACUCGGGUCAGAGAUGCACAAACGGUUGCUGCUUUUAUCUUUAUUUAGCUUCCUGUGAGUUUUUUAAGCACAGAGAAACAGUAAUUGUGUUUUUCUGCUUGGAGUAGAGUCACGUGGGAAUCUGCAUCAGCUCUAUAGCUGUGGGAGUAUGUGUGUGUGUGGAGAGAGGAGACUAUUUCUGUCUUUCUCUUUCUCUCUCUUGCUCUCUGUACUGGGCCAGCAUCACACAGAGCCCCGCUCUAACCGUCCAAACAAACACAGCAUUCACACAGAGUGCACAUGGCUCACUUCACCACCUGCUACUGGCCUCACCACAAGGGGAAACCUCACUGGUAUUCAGCCUGUGCAUUCCACUAACAUUCACUAAAGAGGAAUAAACAUCGAGGGUUGUUUCUGUUAAUGCCUUUGAAGGCUUUCCUCUUAAGAUCAGUGUUUAUGGAUCCGCAGCAAACUCGCUGUCUGCUUCAUCCUCCUGUGCGCAGUUGACUUAGCUUCCCUUUCAACAAGAGCUGAACCUGCUGGAGAGAGAUUUCAGAUCGCCUUCUGCUCCCUCACAGAAAGUCAAUAGGAAUGUGGUGUAUAGUUUCUGUAUUAACCUCUGGCAGCUUCUUAUUGCAUUUUCCCAUGUCAUGCAAGGAGAAUUAGAAGUGGUCCUUCCCCUGAGAGCUGUGUUUCACACAAAAAAAAUCAUCAUCCAUCAGGAGUAUGGCAGCCAAACCUACCAGCACCAUCCAAGAGUAACAGAGCAGCGAAGUCAACCAUGCAACUUUUUCAUGCUGCAUCGGGUUUCAUGUCCUCCAAUUGUUGUCCAGGGAUUGAGUUGGCUCUCCAUACAGGCUUCAGUCCCUCCGUAAAUACGUACCACAUCCUCAGGAGGCUACUUCUCCUACAGUAGUUUUCUUGAUAGACUUGGAGGGGCUUUGUUUCUGUAGCUGUGCAGCAACCUGCUACUUACCCCUCAGACUUCUAAUUAAAUUUAAUGAAAAAUGAUUGGACGCCUGAGUCACAACUGUAUAUGCAAUAAACUGCUCUGAGGUCAAAUCGUUGUUGAAGCACCCACUUACCUUAGGUCACAUGACGACAAACAGGACAUACCAGGCCAGCAUGUCCUCCUGAGUGGAGAUCUGACUGUAGAUUGAAGUCUAGUAUGUGUGCAUUUAGGAACCAGCAACACACAAGAGGCACAGUUUUAUCAGGAUUGCAGGAAAUGCCAAAGAGUCAGCUUUUGAAAAACGGAGAUAUGUAUGUUGUCAUUAAGAGGAGCCUAAUGUCUCUGCCCUCAAAAUACUUCCGCUUUUCUAUGUUUGUCUGAUGGAGAAAAUGUGGAUCAGUGUCUUAUUUCUGUAGAGUAAUAUGUGUGUGUGUGUCUUCAGACUAGCUGUCCUGGUUUAAAUGGAGGUGUAUCCAUCAAAUAGCAGCUCUGAAGCCUUUGUGUUCCACCUUGUCCGAGACAUUAAGAGUCAUGCAUCUCUCCAGGGUCCUCAGUUACUUAGGCCACUUUGGACGUGGACCAGUCAUACUGUCGUCUCACCUGGUCUGAGGCUUAUACAUUCACUUACAACAGCACAGAUCAGGGUAAAGGUUUCCCGUAAUGAGUCAUGAUGAACUAAAACCCUGGAGAGGAGCUGAAAUGUCAGUGUGGCCAGUUAUGGAAAUCGUAAUUGGUUCAGGUCUCAGCUGUGACUCGCUCCAGAGGGAGACUCUGUGUGGUAUCUUAAUGAAAAUGUGUGAAAUUGAUGUCAAAGCCCAUUAGGUUUUACUCUGGUAAUAGAAGACUGUUUUCAUACCAUGAAAUGAAUGUUACGCUUUAUAUAUGAAAGGACAUUUUCAUGAACCUUAUACAAAGUCAAAUCAAGUUAUCAGAUUUUUGGACUUAUUUUGAAAGGAUUCAUCUAAGUGGAGCAGUAUGGCUAACCAGAGCCAGGUUGACAUGUGUAUUGAAGUCAAUGCAGUCAAUUAUGUCGUAUAAGUGUAUUGAUUUAUCUGAUUUAUAUGCAGGCGGUUACUAUUAGUUUCCUACUAGCUUUGGUCUUUAAGUAGUUCACUUAAGAUAAUAGAAGAUGAAUGCAGUUGUGAAGCCAAAUCAUUUCUUUCAUGCAGUGUUGAUUGAUUGAUUGUUUUUUUUACUACUUUAAGUGUUCUCAGUGGUCUUCAAACUGUGAUUAUUAAGUUUUUACCAAAAAUCAUGUUACCUGUGUCAUUUUCAAGGCCUUUUUUUCUGCAAAGCUACAGUAGAACAUUAGCGAUUCGUCUCUGAGUGGUGGGCGGAGACAGCGCUGCUCUGCACACUCCUCUUUAAGUUAGCUUGUAGCCUAACAUUGCCUGUGCAGCAGAAGUAGCAGGUAACAUAGGAGUUAUGAAAGCUAAUAUUACAAUAAGCUUUCUUACAAGCAUUGCAAUCCACUAACGCACACGCUGGUUCUUCUUCUUUAUUCCUCUUCUUUAUGCAGAGUGUGGCCUGCAUAGCGGGGCUCUGGGGGCGGAGCUUGGAUUAGUUAUGUAUAAAAUCUCACUUUUUCUGAACCUGCCGUUUUGGUCUGCCAGAGAUUCACAGAGAUUUUAAUGAAGAAAUACUCAGAAAAGCAAUUUCACAUUUAGUUUUUUCAUGAUAUGUCCUGUAGCAUCAGAAAAAUGCCAUAUGAACAUAUAAAAAACAAGAAAAACAUGAUUUUCAUCAGAUUGGUUUUUUUCUGCUCUGUCAGACUUAUACCUCGACUGCAGUGGAUGUGAGGAAAACUGGUACUCACCAAGUGAUGCAAAAGAGCAAAUCAGUGACAUUGAAUAACAGCACGAUACAGAAAAAGUCUGUGUAAGUAAAAGUAAAUCCUUUCCCCGAACUUAAUAAAACAUGUUAAAGACAGUGUAACCAGAUACUUUGUGUGGCUUAAAGCAGAAUCUCAGCUCAAAGAUAGAUUCAAGCUCCAGGAAUGAAGUAAAGAGGACUUAAUGAAACCUUCUAGGAGAGCAGACACGUAAUGAAGAAGGAGAAAUGUUAAUCCUGUGAGUGAGUGGUCUAUAAUCCCAGACGUCUAUCAUUAGGGGGUGUUUGUCAUGAAGAGCCAGAGGUCGGGUUACAACUUGCUGCUUAUUAAUAAGGUCAUUUUUAUGCCUCAUGAGGUGUUUGUUUAUGAAUAUCUCAUUAUUUUUUUAUUAGCUCAAUUAGCGUACUCAUUAGCAUAGCUAAUGACUUUUAGAGCAUCAUUUAUGAUCAUUAAGCAACUCAGCUCAUCGUGUUUUAUGAUGUGUACAGAGGAUCCUCCCAUAAUUCUGCUUUUAAGACAUGUCUAACUGAUGAUCCAUGAAUGUUAGAGUGAGGUGUGUUUGGUUGACUUUGUUGUGUUAACAGAGUAGAUUCAGCAUCACAGUGUGGGUUGGUUGGUUUGUAGCCUGUGAUCUGUGACGCGUGGCUUGUCAAUGCUACUGAUCAGUUUCCCGGGGCAUUUGGCGGCUCGAUGGGGGUGAAGGGUACUGUGUCCUCUGGGAUGGAGGUGUAUAAAUACUGGAACCACUGGUUUCUGCGUCUUACUGUGUGCUGCAGUGGGCAUGAGGAGCAGUAUACGCAAAGGCAAGAGGAAGAGGCUCCACACGCUGAUAAAAGGUACCACAGGUGAGGCGCUGCAGAAGAGGAAGUAAGGCUGUGUUUAGACCGCAGGUGGGGGGAGUGAGGGGUGUUGUAGUGCAAGUUUUAUGAACUGUAUUUCCAAAGGGAGGAAUGUCUUUGAGAUUUAAUUUGGUCUCUGUAAAAGCUACUGCAUUAAUGAGGUCUUGAGGGUCUAUGUUUGAUGGGGUUGAUGUUUCAAAACAGAAAUCAUGAAAAGAUAUAUUUGUCCAUGUUUCUGCUCCAAAAUGGUCACAGUUUCGCAGCAGACCAUCUCUUUUAGGUCACUGGAUCCACCAUGUUGGACAUUGAUCUCUGUGGUCAUGGUGUGUGGCAAAGUAAAGCGGGUCAGUGAUUUCCUAAACUGAAACAAUCAAUUUCUUCCUUGCCCUAAAGCUCUAAAUCUCGGGAUAAUUAAAACUACAGGGCCAGGAUGGAGGACAAAAACCAAAGAGGAUGAAAAGCUUUGUUACAAAAAAGAUAACAUUUUCAUCCUUUUAAUUACUUGAAAAAUAAGCAAGAAAAUAUAAAUCAUAGACUUGAUAUUUGGUGGUCUUCAACAACAUAGGUAAUCAAACUAAUCCAGGGUUUCUCUUGGUUUGAGUAAAAUCUUCAUGCAAAAUCAUGUGUAACUUUAAUAUUAAAAUUAGUAUCCGGUUGUUGAAGACUCUCUACAUUAUGUAACUGCAGCUGGUGCAGAUAAUCUUACCUGCUGGCACCGAUACUUGUGCAUUUUUAAUAGUGCCCGAAACACUGAAUAAGUCAACAUCAGAGAGGCUGAUGAAGUUUGGCAGUGCUUCAGUGGCAAGACGCCAGAUUAUACUGAUGCUCAACAACGACAUGGAGACGUCCACUCUCUGAACAUCAUGAUACAUCCCUAGAUCAUCUCUCAAACAGCUGUCUAACCUGCUCUGCAGUCAUACCAUUUGCUCUGCUAAAUGGUAUGUACUUGUUUCAUAUCUCCUUGCUUUAACCUUUUUUAAAAUUUGAUUUUUUAUUCUUUUUUUUUUCUGGUCUUCAUUGUCUUUUCUAAAUAUUCUCACUCCUUGUGUCCUGCUCCUAACUCCUCAACAACACACACCUGAUCAUUUUACGGCCGACUCUCUCCUCUUUCCUUUUUUGUGCUUCCCUUCUUCUCUUUGCUCACAUGCCUGCCUCCUUCUGGUUGGAGAUUGCAAAGUGCACUUUAGCUCCAAUAGCGAUGGCAGAUAGUGACCACGAGGCUCACUCUUCCUCAGACGAACAUCACUCUCGCCCUGCCUCUGCCAAUCACGGCAGGGAACAUGAUCCUGAACAGGUAUCGGGGAUAAAAACAUCUGGACUCCCCUUUAAACAACGAUUUUAGUCUCUUUCUUUAAGUUGAUAUCUUAAAUUUUAAGUCACUUCACAAAUUUGGAGAGGGACAGACCGACAGCUGAAUUUAAUCAGCCUGUUGCUUCCUGUGGGCCACUGCAUUAUUUAUCUGUGCUCAGCUGACAGGGAGACUAUAGCCUGUGGUAAUGUCAGCUGUGUAUCCUCUUACAGGACAAGCUACAGUAACUUGAACUUUAUGACAGCUUGGCAUAUAAAAGCUAAAAAAUGAAUUGUGGACCACAUAUCAAAUGCCUCAGAUAUUCAUUUUCCUACAGUAAGAACCAUUAGAUUUUGUGCUCAAACAUUGCAGCUAAUUAAAAAAAAUGUUCAUAGUUUUUACAGCUCAAAGAUCUAUCUACUCUCAGCAUAGGAAAUCAUUAUUAUUAGGGCCCGACCGAUAUGGAUUUUUUGGCACCGAUGCCGAUUAUUGGGGGGGGGGGAUUACCAAUUAAUCGGACGAUUUUAAAAAAAGAAAUGAUGACGUUACAAAAAAAUAACCUUGGUGCCUCCGCGUCUUAACUCACGUUACUCAUUUCCAGUCCGGUCUCAUCUAGAGACAUGCAGCUGCCUCAGUAAGAGAAGUAGCUCAUGUACUGUUGUUUAUUCUACCGUUACUGGCACGGCUAACAGUGUAGCAAGGCUAAUAGCAGGUUGCUAACUCUAACUUUAGCUAGCAUAUUACAUGGUGCUUCACAGUUUACUCAGCGUGACUGAGACCAGCACACCGGGGAACAUCGUGAAGUGGGUUGAACUGAAACUUGUUGACUUAUUGUGUAUUUCACAAACUGGUUUAUUUACCGUUGAGGCGGACCACUCCCCUCCGUGUUUCAGAUCCGUCACUCUGCUGUGCUGUGACGUAGUUAGUGGAUGAAGAUUGUCAUGAUGUCGCUGUGCCAUCUACAGGAUAAGUCGGGGAACUUUUCAAAUGGCGGAACAUUUUCGAAGUGAAACCAAAUCUUAUACUCCAUAUUUUAUUUCUGAAAAUAUCGGUGAGUUUUUGCCGAAUACCGAUUAGUCUCAAACGGGACAAAAUUGGCUGUUUUAAUCGUCUGGCCGAUAAAUCGGUUGGGCCCUAAUUAUUAUUAUUAUUAUUAUUAUUAUUAUUAUUAGUAGUAGUAGUAGUAGUAGUAUUAGUAUGAUACACUUCUGCCCUCUGGGUCUCCACCCCUCCCUCUCAUUGUUGACACUUGAUCUCUCCCCAAACUGCCCCUGCCUCCAUCCGUUUUUUUAUGCCUCAUCCAUUCCCAUCUACCGUGGCGUCUCUCUAGCACUCGAGCCAUUCAGACGACUCAGAGGUGGAAAACAUAAUGCAUGACCCUCACCACCAAGGAGGGCAUGGCCACCACCACCACCAUCACCACCACCAUGACCACAAGCACCAACACCAACACGGCCUUGAGCUUCAUGAAACUGAGAGAGAGGCCGAGGGCCCAGACCGCCCCCACACCCCGUCCUAUUUGCGCCCUCCUGUAGCGGGUGCGCAGUCGGAUUCAGUUUCUGAGCCCAGUUUACCGAGUGUGGAGUUUGACUUGUCCUCUGUCAGUCCCACCAGACCCAAGAGUCCAUGGGGUCGAUUCGACCCGUACAACAAUAAUGAGGUAACUCAAAAGGAGAAAGAUGUGAAGGGUGCGGUCCUGCUCCACCAGGGUUUUGUUUUUUCUAUGUUUUAUUUUUGAUUUGGUUUUCUCCAGGUUGAUAUGAUUUACCAAGAAAAGGUUGAUGUGUGCUUAUUUUCUCUUCGCUGAAGAGGCUUGAUUGAGAGGCUGCUGUUUGCUUUUGGUUGAACUGUUUACUUGUGGAAACAGGCAAAUGUAAAUAUUAAAAAUGUCUUCUUGCCUAAUGUAUCUUCAUCUUUGUGUUGACUUUUAAGGACCAGGAUAAAGAAUACGUUGGUUUUGCAACACUGCCCAACCAGGUGCAUCGCAAAUCUGUCAAGAAGGGAUUUGACUUCACGCUCAUGGUAGCAGGUAAAUACUCAAUUUCACUUUGGCGAAAUUCGAUCCUAAGCUCGCUUUAUCUCAAAGUCUUAAACCUGGCUCUUUGUUGUUGUUGUUGCUCUUUGUUUGAAGGGGAGUCUGGCCUGGGAAAGUCCACUUUGGUCAACAGUCUCUUUCUCACAGAUCUUUACAAAGAUAGGAAGCUGCUCAAUGCUGAAGGUAGGUUUUUUCUUCUUUGUAUAUAUAUGUAUACAUUAUAUCCCAGCUGUUAUUAAAGAUGGACGUCUGUUUUUGUUCUUCCUGUAGAGCGCAUCACACAAACGGUAGAAAUCACCAAACACACAGUGGACAUAGAGGAGAAAGGGGUCAAACUGAAGCUCACUAUCGUGGACACCCCUGGGUUUGGAGAUGCUGUAAACAACACUGAAUGGUAAUGACGAGGCUGCAUAUCUGUUAUCUUUUAUGAAUGAAAGAACCUGAACUCAAUCAAACUGUUCACAGAGUUCUGCUCGAUAUUCUUAUUUUAGCUCUGUUAUGUUUAAAAAGUCAUGUGCAGUAGUUCCAGAGUGCUUUGCCUCAGAGACUGAAUGUCCCAGUGUGUUUCCGCUCCAGCUGGAAGUCAGUGGCUGACUACAUCGACCAGCAGUUUGAGCAGUACUUCAGGGACGAGAGUGGCCUCAACCGCAAGAACAUUCAGGACAACCGCGUCCACUGCUGCCUCUAUUUCAUCUCACCAUUCGGUCACGGGUACGACACAUCUGCAGUUUCCUUCUCUUUCUAUUCCACCACCUGGACUCCUUUUUCUGCUGUAGUAUUAAAAGUCUCCUCUGGUAUUUGCAUCAGAUCAGUCAUUGCCUAGCUUUAUCUUUGGACUCAUGCACAACCGCCCAAGUAAUUGACAUUUACUGUGAAUAUCUAAAGAACCAGUGCAUACUUGUGGUGCAGUCAGCCCUGUAAAUUGUUAAUGCAGUUGGCUCCUAAUGAGAGUUAAAGCAGUCCUCACUUGCCUUUAGGUGAAUUUAUUUCUGCUGCAGAGCUUUCUCUCUGAUCAAUUCCUUGAGCUGGGUGCUGAGGUUGUGCUUUUCGCUGCAAUGGUGCACAUGCACUGUUCCACAUCACCGUGCUCAUUACAGAACAUUUAAAGCCACUCAACUAAUGCUGCAGUGCAUUAAAAGUCAUCAUGAUGGAGAAACUGCUCCCCCUGUUGAUGAGCUCUAUCCAUUACUCCACAUCAGGAGGUCACUUAGAGAGCAGAUGGAGCAGAGAGACACCACCACAUUAUAUUGACAUUGAUUAUAAUAAGCAUAUUAAUAGAUAGAAAACACUCUCAUUCUUCAUCUUUAAUUCCUGUCAUUUAUAGAGAGAGAGAGAUAUUGUUUAUUUGAUCAAAUAUACAUACAGUACAAUUUUAGACAAGAAAUUCACCUAUUUGGGAGAUCAGAAAGGAGGAGGUAGAAACUGUUUAGCUUAUUAUUGUACCUACCCUCAUUCCUUCCUAUUUAUUGACCUUUUACAUAUCUCUAGAAUUUCAGGAUUUCUUAAGUCGCCAAAAAAUAACCAAAGCUCCAAAGUCUAACAUGAAUAAGUAACAAAUCAUUAACACUGAGACAAAGACCUUAUAUACACCCAUACCUAUAUACACGUGUAUACACACAAAUAUGAACGUUAUAUACUAUAUACCUAUGAAACUUCACAUCUCUCAUUUGUACCAUACCCAUAUACAUAUAAUAAGUGUGACAAAAGGAAAAUUACUUAUAUAAGUAUUUUCCGAUCAUACUCUGCUUUAAUUUACAUAAACUGUGCUAUUGUUUUGCUUUGUUUAAUUUCAUCGGGCAAUCUGUUCCAUAGCUUCACCCCCAUAACAGAAGACAUGUUGAGUCACAAAUCAUUUUUAUGAAAAUCAGUUCCUUCAUUAAAGUUAUCACGUUAAUGGACAAAAGUUUCUUAAUUCACAUCAUGUUAAAACACUCGAGGCAUUACCUCAAAGGUAUCGUGUGUCGUGUUUACUUCAUGUGUCUGUUUUGUGCUUUUCCAGCCUCCGGCCUUUGGAUGUGGAGUUCAUGAAAGCUCUGCACGAGAAGGUUAACAUCGUCCCCAUCUUGGCCAAAGCAGACACACUCACCCCCACUGAGGUCAAGAAAAAGAAAAUCAAGGCAAGCCAACCUAAGACAGCAGAUUCAUACCUCAUCCUGUAAUGAAUCUUGAUUACAAACUAGAUUCACAAAACUGUUUCUUGUUAAGCAUUUUAUUCUACUCCAUGAUUGACUAAGUAGCCCUUAACCAAAUAAAAAUACGUGUUUUGAUUCAUUAGUGUUAUUUUUUUAUAGAUCCGAGAAGAGAUCGAGCAGUAUGGUAUCAAGAUUUACCAGUUCCCUGACUGUGACUCUGAUGAAGAUGAGGAGUUCAAGCAGCAAGACACUGAGCUCAAGGUAAAAGACAGACCCACGAUGUGCCUCUCUGUGUUUUCUUUUCUACAAUUAAUCAGAUUAACCUCUGUCAGUGCCAAAAACUCCAUGUUUCAAUAAAGAAAGGGUUUUAAUUCAAUCCUGUGUACACAAAUCAUUGGAUUUUAAUUUUGUGCUCUCCAAACAAAACAAGCCAGAGAGUAUCUGGCUAAUAGGAGAGGUGAUGCUGAACUGAAUGUACAGAUGGUUUAAUGUAAGACCUUGGCACUGAGUCCACUACUGACUACACAGCUCUGAUGACUCAAGCAUUCUUUGCUUUCUGGCGAUGAGGGUGCAGUCAGUGUGCCAGGAUAUUUUUCUGUCUCAGUCCUUGGCUCACCUCUAUAGAGCAGAGAGAAGCGGGAAAUAAAAGAUUGAGGAGUUUAAAUAAUGAAUAGGAAGGAUUAAAACGUGGUUUCACAUGAAGUCUGCAAAGCAUCUUUAUUUUGUCCUUGCCUUUUUGCUUAAUUUAUUUACAUUUUUACAAAUUUUGUGCUCUCCAAACAAGGAAAGCAUUCCUUUUGCAGUAAUCGGCAGCAACACGGUGGUCGAGGCCAAAGGGAAGAGGGUGCGAGGGCGACUGUACCCCUGGGGCAUCGUGGAGGGUAAGCUUUACUUCCAUCCUUCACAUGUUAAAGUGAUUUGUUGAACAGAAAGUGAAAAAAAACUUCAUAAAGAUCAUUUGUAGUAUCCUGAACCUUUAGUAAUGCUUCCAUAGAAAACUAAUCCACUUGAUAUUUGCAGUGGAGAACUCGGCACACUGUGAUUUCGUGAAGCUGAGGAACAUGCUCGUUCGCACACAUAUGCAAGACCUGAAAGACGUGACGAGGGAGACUCACUACGAGAACUACAGAGCCCAGUGCAUCCAGAGCAUGACGCGCAUGGUCGUGAAGGAACGCAACCGCAAGUACGCUCACUCUGAAGCAAAAGACACACAAAUACUGUACAAAUGUCAUUUUAGAGUAAGAGGGGAGUUAUUAAAUCGAAUUACUUAUUACAGUUAAGUUUCGAAGAGUUUAGAUGCUGAGGGUAGAAAUAUUGCGAUGUAGAGGCCACUUAAUACUUAUGAAAGUUGUUGAAGUCUAUCUCCACUACUUUGAGGCUUUUCUUAAAAUGUUGAACUUGUAUCUCUCUUCAGUAAACUAACCAGGGAGAGCGGCACAGACUUCCCCAUCCCCAUGGUGCCUGGGGUGGGGGACAACGAGACAGAAAAGCUUAUUCGAGAGAAAGACGAAGAGGUACGGCACGCCGACCACGACCCGGACUCACAUCAUGACGAUGAUCAUGAGCAUCAUGAGUCUGACCAUAAUUGUGACCAUGAGCACUUAGAUCAUCAGCCCAGUCCAGAAACACACUCAGACCACAUGGCUGAUGAAGCCCUCUGAACGUCUUCAGUUCAUUUUCAUCCAUCAUUAACCAUCCAUUUUGGGAGCAUGCUCACGUCAUGUUUUCCGAGGCUAACAAUGAGCAGCCUCUCAAAACAUGAAUCCAUGUAAAAUAUAAAUCCAAACCCCCUCUUUCCCGAGCAUGCAAGUCCUUUGACCUUUGAACUCUGGAUAGAAAAAGAGCAUGCCACACAAAUCCACUUUUAAAGAUGUAGCACUGCUGUUCCCCGAGAGCUGUUUAACUUCUACGAGUUAAACUAGAAUUUAUUUAAAGGAAAAAUCUGUUCUUUUCCAAUAAUAUAUGGUUUUUCCAAAAAAUAUAUAAACUUAGUCCAUGUGGAAGCUUUGCAGAAAGCUAAAUAAAGAUUAACUGUGCCAAUAAAAUACAGCCAAUGAUGAAUCUGUUAGCGGUGGAUUUACAUAUCCCAAAGUUCCCUCCCUUCCCCCAUCAAAUCUAUUUAUUUGACCAAAUAAAGAUUUCAUUUCUCCGUUCUUGUUUUGUUUUUUUUUGUUUUGCAAACAUCAAACGUGUCAGUAAAGCUGCGUCUAUUGCGUGAUAUGUCAGACAGAAGGUUUUUCUCACUUUUGGUUAAUGUAUUAAUUAUUUCUUUAAAAAUGCAACACUGAAGCUCAGAUGGGAGAAUUUGAGAAUAUUUAAGAGUCUGAACUACUUGGUUAGAAACGACAUAUAAGGUCACUGUGGAAAACUGUGGUCAAUAUUGUUCAUACUGUGUGAGAAAAUGAAACAUGAUUAUCAGUUUCAGUCAAUAAUUCCAACUGUGACACUGUCUCACUCUGUUCAGUAAGUUGUGGCAUCCGAGUAUUAUUGGCUGCGGUAUUUCACUUGAAGCUGUCAAAGCUAAGGCACAACACAACUGAACCAUUUUCGCUGAUUUUAGCAAAUCAGGUCAAGCACAAAAAAGUUUCUUAUCCUCACAUAAGAUGUGGUUGUAUUCAAAACUCUACUGUGUCGCUGAUAAAGUAGGUGACCUGCACUCGUUCAGCUCAGGUCACAUGAUUCAGAGAAAGCACGCUGAUCUCCCGAGUGUGAUCGAUUCGUGGCAUGUGCAGUCAUGUGUAAAUAAUCGGCUUGUAUAAAAGGGGUAAACUGCAGUGCCAUUCUGACUCUCCUCUCCUCCUUUUUCCCCACAGUUGAGGCGGAUGCAGGAGAUGCUACAGAGGAUCCAGGAUCAAAUGCACACUCAGAAGGAGGCCUAUUAACACAGGACACAAGUUACACUUUUCUGCAACUGGGAUUAAAAAGAAAAAAAAAACACACCCAGAAACCUUUAUUCCUCUGUAGAACAUUGACAUCCUGUGUGUCCACUCAGCCACCCACACCAUAUGGAUCAGGGACUUGUAAGGAGGCAGUAAGAUGUUGUGACACUUGCAGCGUAAAGACUCCCUUUACUCUCUUCAGGGUCUCUGACAUUACGAUCCCACUGCUGCAAAACACUCCACCCUUCUUCACUCCUCUGUUUUUCUUUUCUGUCUGAUGUUUAAAAAAAAAAAAAAACAGGAUACGGUGCUUUAGUUGGAGGGAUUUUAAGUGCUUGUAAUAGUGAGAGUGAUGUUUCAUUUAUCUGAACUUAAUCAUGCCACAUGAUCACAGGGUUUUUUAUUUCUAAUUUUAUUUUAUAAAAGGUCUGAUUAUGUGGAUUUUCAUAUGGUGACCUGCUCAGAUUUUGUUAAGCACACUUUUUUGGUGCAAGUUUUUACUUUACUAUCUUAUAGGAUCAUCAUGCAUAUAUGUUGUUAUAAUUUAAUUUUCUAUCAAACACUCAUAAGCAUUUGUUCUACUGUAUGGAUGAUUGUGCUAUCAUUGUUCCUUAGGUGAGGUUUCUCUUGUUAUAACGGGCUUUCGAUUAGGUUUUCGACAUGUUGCCACCUCUGCUGCCUGUCAGCACCAUGGUCAGGAUGUACGUUUAUGGUUCUGCUCACUUUUGGCCAGUCUUAACUCACUGCAUUGCUUACUGAACACCAUAUCAUACUCAGUUUAAAUUAAUCUUUUUACAUGACAGAGUCUUUUAUUUUUAUUUUUUUGUCCAUCAAGAACCACCACUUGUGUUUGUCAUUAGAGAAGAUUACGACUUUGAUCAGACGAAACCCUUUAACUGUGCAUGAAUCGAGCAUCCAGGGGGAGGGCUGCAUCAGAGGCCAUGUAGUGUAUUUAUUUUUGUAUGUGUUUUGUGAAGGUUACUCAGAUUGCAGAUCAAUAAUAUGACCAGUUGUUUUCGAGCAUUGAAAAUAUGUAGCUAUAUAAUUGUUUGGAAUAUAUAAAGAGAAAAGAUGGAUUCUUUUAUUUUAAUGUUUUUAUUCGGUCAUUACUUUCUUGAGGGAACUCAUAAGUUCGAUAUGUGUUUCAUUUGAUGUUCCCCAUUAUUACCAAAGGCAACAACUGUCUUAUAUUUUUGAUUUCCUUUUCAAUGACUUUCAGUUAAAAACUUAAAAGCAAAAGUACUGAUCAAAGUACUGAGUGAACUUGAGUCUGUAAUUGUUAAUUUGAAGCUCUGAGUUUUCUUUAAAAAUGAAAUGACUGUCAUCUUGAGUGACCUUUAUGUAAAAAGAGAAAUACAUUCCCUUCUGAAUUCAUCUUUCUAAAUCAACUUUGUCCUUUGUUAUUCUAUUUUUUGAAGUAUAUUUAUGCAAAAAAAAUAUUAAAUGAAAUGCAGAUGGAGAGGUCAUUGAGUACAAAUUCUAACAUUGUAGUAAAAUGUGGAAAAGUUUCAUUUCUCCAUCAGAAACUGAGUCGGGCUCUAUGUUCUGAAAAGCAGGCUGAAAUUACUUCAGUUCUGAAUUAAGGGCAGUUUCUUUCCUAAUUUAUCGCAAUAAACAACUGCUGUAAAA